AUACUCAUUCAGAAUGUAAUGCAACGCAUGGCUUUUAUCUUACGACGUCAAAGCAGAAAAGCAUUGUGGUCAUGGACUCACAACACGUCAUGGCAGCACUCGAAUUGCUCUCGCUUUCCACGAACGUUGCCGUUACUAAUAACAAUCUCUCGUUAUGCCUCGACCACAACCGAGGACAUCGUUCCUCCAAAGAUAAAGCUUCGCGACUAUCAGGAAGAGUCCAUUCAAUCUGUCCUGGAACACCUGGAAAAGGGGCAUAAUCGUCUUGGAUUAUCAUUGGCUACAGGCUCAGGGAAAACUGUCAUCUUCACACAACUGAUCGGACGUGUACCUCCUCGAAAUGGCGGUGCAAACCAAACGCUUAUCAUCGCGCAUCGGAAGGAGCUUGUCGAGCAAGCAGCCCGUCAUUGCCGGCUUGCGUAUCCAGACAAAUCUAUCGAAAUCGAAAUGGGCGCGAACAAGGCAUCUGGGGCCGCUGACAUCACAGUAGCUUCGAUACGGAGUUUAUCCUCGAAGGAUCGGAUUGAGAAAUUUGAUCCUAGCUUAUUCAAGCUCGUAUUGGUUGAUGAAGCGCAUCAUAUUGUUGCACCUCAGUAUCGCCAGGCCCUUUCGUACUUUAGCUUGACUAAGCCAUCCAAUAAUGCGCCGGUGUUGGUUGGGGUUUCUGCUACAUUUUUCAGAUUUGACGGAUUGAAACUGGGGUCUGCAAUUGACCAUAUUGUUUAUCAUAAGGAUUACAUUGACAUGAUUGGUGAAAAAUGGCUGUCGGAUGCUAUCUUCACUACAGUAAAAACCCACGUCGAUCUAUCACGCGUUGCUAGGGAUUCAUCAGGAGAUUUUGCGACAAGAGCUCUAUCUGAAGCUGUAAAUACUGCUACCGUGAAUGAUGUUACAGUGCGAUCUUGGCUCACGCAUGCUAGCGAUCGUCGUUCGACACUGGUAUUUUGCGUUGAUAUCGAACAUGUCCACCAACUCACAGAGGCCUUUCGUGACAAUGGUAUUGAUGCCCGUUAUAUAACUGCAAAUACGCCCAGACAGACGAGGAACGAAGAGUUAGAAGCUUUCAAAAGGGGAGAGUAUCCGGUGCUACUUAACUGCGGGCUCUUCACUGAAGGAACGGAUAUUCCUAACAUAGACUGUGUUGUCCUCGCGCGCCCUACCAGAUCCAAGAGUCUACUGAUUCAGAUGAUUGGACGUGGUUUACGACUACAUCCUGAGAAGGAAAAUUGCCACAUCAUUGAUAUGGUGUCGACAUUGAAUACCGGAAUUAUGUCUACGCCUACCUUGUUUGGACUUGAUCCUGAUGAAGCACUCAAUACGCAGAGUGUACAGGAAAUCCGAAAGCAAAAAGAGCAAGAAGAUAUAAGCUCGCCUAUACCCGACGUUAGCUAUGUUCGCCCUCUCAGGGAAGAUGAGGUUGAUGUUACGUUCACGACAUACGACAGUGUAUUCGAUCUUCUUAAUGACGAGCGCGUAGACCGCCACAUUCGCUCCAUCAGUCGUUAUGCAUGGGUACGCGUGAACGCAGAUCGAUACAUCCUCGCCGAUAAAUCAGGGUGGAUGACUAUUGAGAAAGGCGAACAAAACAUCGACGGACCAUGGAUGGUGGAGCUUGUACAGAAAUACGAAACAGCCGCUGGGAUGACAGUGCACACUAGGCCUAGAGUCAUCGCUCGAGCACCGGACUUUGAGCAAGCUGUACGAAGCGCCGAUACCUUUGCAAGCACGAAUUUCAAAGAUUUCGCAAUUAACUCGUCACAAAUUUGGCGCCGGGCGCCUGCAUCGGAUAGUCAAUUGAAAGUUUUGAAUAGCAAGAAGAUCCUGGACCGCGAGAUUACGUCCAAGGAUCUCACGAGAGGGCAAGCAGCGGAUAUGCUUACGAAACUUCGCUUUGGUACUAAGAACCGAUUCCAAAGUGAACAGAGAAGGAAGAAGAAGGAAGAGAAAAUGCGUAAAGAGUUUGAGAGACAAAUGAGUCAGGGUGAUGUCAAGGUUGGAUCUCUCAGUCAGCAAGACUUGUAGAAUAGGGCUAUUUCUUUAUCGCGGGGUCUAUAUAUUAUACAAUCAUUGGAAUUAUAUUAC